CUGGCAAUUUUCAAUCCAAGUGCACAAAACCCUCAAUUUCCUUUCCCGCCAUUUGCCUUCCUCUUCCCUCCUAUCCAUCCGCGUCCGCAACAGCAAUGAGCAACCCGUGUCAGUUGUCUCCCUCUCGGUAGCAGAAAAACGGCAGCUGAUGUUCACCGCAUUCAGGUCAUGCUCUUCUUCACUCUACUUUACCCACCACACUCUUUCGCUUCAUCCCCUCAGAAAACCACUCGGCUUUAAGCCCUACUUUCUCAUCUAUUCUUCCUUCCCCGCAAAACCCUUCUCUCAGAGAUCCCUCUUUCUCUCGAUUCCAUUAGUUAAUCCAGGAUCAAUAGCAGCAAUGGCUUCUCGCCCUUCUGCCUUCGACCUCCUCAUGUCCAAUGCCAGCAAGAAAAAGUCCGAGCAGAAACAACAAAAACCAUCUCCCAAGAAACGCAAAACCACCACCCCCACCAUCACUUCUCAAAAUUCUGCUCCGAUUUCAGUCAAAGAACCUGAUUCAGCUCAAAUUAAAGAAGCCCAGUUGGAAAAAGAUAUGAAAAAUGACGUUUCGAGCAAGAUUAAGGAUGCCCAGCUGGGGAAAAGUGAGGAAGCGGUGGUUAAGAAACCUAAGGUGGUAAUUACUCCUGAUGAGAGCCUUCUUGAGUUGAAGGAUAAGGCGGCAAGUUUUGAUCCCAAGAAGGCGGCAUAUUGGGGAAAGGGACAAAGGGUGCCGUUUAUGUUUGUAGCGAAGGCGUUGGAUGCUAUUUCUAAAGAAUCAGGGCGGAUUGCGAUAACUGCAAUUGUUUGUAACAUGUUGAGGACUGUGAUGGAAACGACGCCAGAGGAUUUGGUGGCUGUUGUUUACCUUUUGGCGAACCGGAUUGCUCCAGCUCAUGAAGGAUUGGAGCUUGGGAUUGGGGAUGCUUCGAUUAUUAAGGCUCUGUCCGAGGCGUGCGGAACAAAAGAAGCACAAAUUAAGAAGCAGUACAAGGAGCUUGGAGAUCUAGGCCUUGUUGCAAAAGCAAGCCGUUCGUCUCAGUCUUUAAUGCGCAAACCAGAAGCACUAACUGUUGUUAAAGUUUUUGAUACAUUUCGCCUUAUUGCUAAGGAAUCUGGUAAGGAUAGUCAAGAGAAGAAAAAGAAUCAUAUCAAGGCACUACUGGUUGCUGCUACUGAUUGUGAGCCUCAGUACUUGAUUCGUCUGCUCCAGGCGAAACUGCGCAUUGGUUUAGCUGAGCAAACUCUGUUAGCUGCUUUGGGCCAUGCUGCAGUUUAUGCUGAUAAGCAAUCUUCAACUCCUGCAAAUAUAGAUUCUUCUUUAGAAGAGGCUGCUAAAAUCGUGAAACAAGUUUACUCGGUAAUUCCAGUCUAUGAUAAAAUAAUCCCUGCUCUUCUUGCUGAUGGUGUAUGGGAUCUUCCCAAGACAUGUAGCUUUUCACCUGGUGUUCCUGUUGGACCUAUGCUAGCAAAACCAACUAAGGGAGUUUCUGAAAUAUUGGAUAAGUUUCAGGAUAUUGAAUUCACCUGUGAAUACAAGUAUGAUGGAGAACGUGCUCAGAUUCACUACAUGGAGGAUGGUACAGUGGAGAUAUAUAGUCGAAAUGCAGAAAGAAACACUGGAAAGUAUCCUGAUGUUGUGGAUGCAAUUUCAAGGUUUAAAAGGCCGUCUGUAACCUCAUUUGUUCUUGAUUGUGAAAUUGUUGCAUUUGAUCGUGAGAAGAAAAAAAUUCUCCCCUUCCAGGUCCUCAGCACACGGGCUCGUAAAAAUGUGGUCUUGAGUGAAAUAAAGGUUGGUGUUUGCAUAUAUGCUUUUGAUAUCUUGUAUAUCAAUGGCCAACCUCUCCUACAAGCACAGCUUGACAGUCGAAGGCAGCAUCUUUACGAGUCAUUUGAGGAAGAACCUGGCUUUUUUCAAUUUGCUACAGCAGUAACAUCAAAUGAUCUUGAGGAAAUACAGAAGUUCCUUGAAGCUGCUGUUGAUGCCAGUUGUGAGGGGUUGAUAAUUAAGACAUUGAAGAAAGAUGCCACGUAUGAGCCUUCCAAGCGGUCAAAUAACUGGCUGAAGUUGAAAAAGGAUUACAUGGAUAGUACGGGUGACUCACUGGAUUUGGUUCCCAUUGCUGCUUUCCAUGGCCGGGGAAAACGUACUGGUGUUUAUGGAGCCUUUCUCCUUGCUUGUUAUGAUGUCAACAACGAAGAAUUCCAGAGCAUAUGUAAAAUUGGCACUGGAUUUUCUGAAGCUGUGCUUGAAGAGCGCUCUGCCAGCUUGCGCUCUAAAGUUAUUCCGAAGCCAAAGUCUUAUUACCGGUACUCAGAUACAAUCAAUCCAGAUGUAUGGUUUGAACCUAUUGAGGUUUGGGAGGUAAAAGCUGCUGAUCUGACUAUCAGUCCUGUUCAUCGUGCUGCUACUGGUAUUGUGGAUUCAGACAAGGGAAUUUCUCUUCGGUUUCCACGUUUACUACGGGUUCGAGAAGAUAAGAAUCCAGAGGAUGCCUCUUCUGCUGAUAUGGUAGCAGAUAUGUAUAGAGCUCAGAAACACAAUCAAAGUAACCGCGAUGAUGAUGAGCAAUAAUGAAAGCAAUUAGUUGGAUAUUUUAGUUCAUUUAUAGAAAUGAUGCCUAUUGUGCAUGUCUGGGCAUCCACAAAAGUAAGUCGUGCCCUCUGCAAACUUGUGUUAUUGUCAAAUUUGAUGCACUGGUUUCACUGAUCUAAGUAAUAUUCACAGUGCGAGUAAUAUAACCGAUGGCACAUGUCAUUUAAAACCCAUUUAAUUUCUUGAAUUAUGAUUUAUGAGUCACAGCUACCAAAAUAAUGUUAAAACCUGUCCAGAUACUUUUGAUUGCAUGCAUCUUUAGAUAAAAACCCUGUAUUUAUUUCACAA